CUGAUUAUUGCGGGCGCCAUGCUCGAAUUCCGCUCGUUUCUAAUUACGGCCGCCUUAUGGGCUGGAGCCACAGCACAGUUGAAGAAGGAAUAUGACUACAUUGUUUGCGGAGGCGGUACUGCUGGAUUGGCAGUGGCGAACAGAUUGAGCGCCGAUCCGAAGAAUUCAGUCCUCGUCGUCGAAGCUGGCAUCAAUGGCACCACCGCAUACUGGAACUACCACAGCUUACCGCAGAAAUAUGCGAACGGCAGGAUACAGGAUUUGCCAGCCGGUAAGACCGUAGGAGGUAGCUCCCAAAUCAAUGGCCGAGUAUACUCGAGACCAGACAGGCGCUCGAUCGACGACUGGGGCAACGUGAACAAUGCCGGCUGGUCUUGGGAGAAACUGUUUCCUUUUUACAAAGCGUCCGAAGGCCUUCAACCGCCCACGAAACAACAGCAAAGGGAUUUGGAGAACAAGUACAAUCCUGACUACCAUGGAACCGCCGGCCCUGUCAAUAUCACUUACCCCGCUGUCGGUGUUCCCGACUACUUCAGGCUCUUGGAAGAAACAGCAAAGGCUUUCUCCAUCCCGCGAAUCCGCGACUUCAACGGCGGCGAUGCGAGAGGACUUUCAACUUACCCUGGCUUCUUCGUGAUCAAUGCGCAAAGAGAGCAACGACGAGAGUCCUCCAGAGAGGCUUACUACUUGCCUAUCGUAGGCCGAACGAACCUAGAAUUGAUCGAUGAGACGAUGUGCCAGCGCAUUGACUGGGAAAAAUCCUCUGAUGGAGGCGACUUGAAAGCGCAUGGCGUGGAGAUCUCGAAUGUCGACAAUAAGACGGUCAUACACGCCAGGAAAGAGGUGAUCCUCUCCGCAGGCGUCUACCGCACGCCAGGAAUUUUGGAGUACUCCGGCAUUGGCAAUCCGAAAAUCCUGAAGUCUCACAAGAUCGAUACCAAGGUCGAUUUGCCAGGAGUGGGAGAAAACCUGCAAGAUCAAGCGCAAGGCAACAUCUUCUUCAACAAGAACUCAAACGCUUCCAUCACGUUCCCCGACACGGUUGGCGAAGAAAUCAUCACGAAUUACCUGAUCCAUGCGACUUACGAGGACAUCCUCGGCAACGAAGCUGCUUCCAUGCAGCAGCGUGUCAACGCUUCACUCGGGGACUACGCAACAACGAUCUCAAACCGAAUCAACAACUCCCUCUCCUCCGACCAGAUCUUGAAUUCCCUCCAAGUCCAGUACGACGCCAUUUUCAACACCCCUGUCCCGGUCGUCGAGAUUUUCAGCGGCCAAGCCGUCAACAACAACGUCGUGAACAUGGAAUUCUGGCCUUUGAUCCCGUUGUCAAGAGGAAGCUGCCACAUCGCCGGCGCCAACGCCGAUCUCGCCGCCGAAGCACCUUUCAUCGACGUGAAUUGGUUCAUGCUCGAAUGGGACUGGGAAAUCUACAUCGCAGCUGGCCGCUUCGUGCGGAAACUCUUCGCCACCCAACCCUUGGCCAAUCUGACGACGGAAGAAACUCAACCGGGAUAUAAGAAUUUGGCACUUGAUGCCAGCGAUGAUGAGUGGAAGGAUUACUGGUCGGAUAAUUUCCGGGCUGGCUGGCAUGGGAUUGGGACUGCUGCUAUGCUGCCACGGAAAUGGGGAGGUGUUGUGGAUGGGAAUCUGAAAGUCUAUGGGACUUCGAAUGUCCGCGUGUGCGAUGCUUCCGCCGUGCCUUUUAAUAUGGGUGGGCAUCCGACUUCGACCAUGUAUGCUUUGGCGGAAAGAGCUGCGCAUCUCAUUUUGACGGGUGAGAAGGGUUGAGAGGGAGAGGGGGUUUGAUUGCAUUGUAUUGUAUAUGACACAGGCGGCAUACGCAUCCGUGGCUUUGAAGAUUGGGUUUUCUAUGCUGAUAUUCUUAGGUUUCAAUCACGGCUGUUCCGUUUUCGCGAAUUGCAAGCAUGUGUGUAUUCUUGCGAGCAAUCAUACUCGAUGUAGGUGCAUUGUUCACGAUCCUCGGGUUGGGCU